AUGGAGCCCGUGGAGCCAGCGGACCAGGCCCGGGCGGCGGCCACCAAGCUGUCGGAGACAGUGGGAGCGGCGCUGCGGGAGCCUCGGCGGCAGCGGCGCCUGGUGCUGGUCAUCGUGUGUGUGGCGCUGUUCCUGGACAAUAUGCUGUACAUGGUCAUCGUGCCCAUCGUGCCUGAUUACAUCGCUCACAUGCGCGGAGGUAGCGAGAGCUUCACGCCGACCCCCGAGGUGUGGGCGCCCACCCAGCCGCCGCCCACUCCAGCUAAUGCCAGCUAUUCCUAUUCCACGGUCAACAUCUCGGUGCCCCCGACGGCUGCGUGGCCCUCCAGGCCGGCCCUGAGGCCCCGCUACCCCACGGAGAGCGAGGACGUGAAGAUCGGGGUGUUGUUCGCCUCCAAGGCCAUACUUCAGCUGCUAGUGAAUCCCCUGAGUGGGCCAUUCAUCGACCGCAUGAGCUACGACGUGCCGCUGCUUAUCGGCCUGGGUGUCAUGUUUGCUUCUACGGUGUUGUUUGCAUUCGCCGAGGACUACGCCACGCUAUUCGCCGCACGCAGCCUUCAGGGCUUGGGCUCGGCCUUCGCGGACACAUCCGGCAUUGCCAUGAUCGCCGACAAAUAUCCCGAGGAGUCCGAGCGCAGCCGCGCACUGGGCGUGGCCCUGGCCUUCAUCAGCUUUGGCAGCCUAGUGGCGCCACCCUUUGGGGGCAUCCUCUACGAGUUCGCGGGCAAGCGCGUACCCUUCCUUGUGCUCGCAGCCGUGUCGCUGCUCGACGCGCUGCUACUGCUAGCGGUAGCCAAGCCCUUCUCGGCUGCCGCGCGGGCGCGGGCCAACCUGCCUGUGGGAACGCCCAUCCACCGCCUCAUGCUGGAUCCGUACAUCGCCGUGGUGGCUGGCGCGCUCACCACCUGCAACAUCCCGCUCGCCUUCCUCGAGCCUACCAUCUCCACAUGGAUGAAGCACACAAUGGCGGCGUCUGAGUGGGAGAUGGGCAUGGUCUGGCUGCCCGCGUUCUUGCCGCAUGUGCUAGGCGUCUACCUCACCGUGCGCUUAGCUGCGCGCUAUCCACACCUGCAGUGGCUGUACGGCGCUAUCGGACUGGUAGUGAUUGGUGCCAGCUCUUGCGUCGUGCCUGCCUGCCGCUCCUUCGGGCCUCUAGUGGCCUCGCUAUGCGGCCUCUGCUUUGGCAUCGCGCUGGUAGACACAGCACUACUCCCCACACUCGCCUUCCUCGUAGACGUGCGGCACGUCUCGGUCUACGGCAGCGUUUACGCCAUCGCCGACAUCUCCUAUUCCGUGGCCUACGCGCUCGGGCCCAUCGUGGCGGGUCAAAUCGUGCACUCGCUGGGCUUUGCGCAGCUCAGUCUUGGCAUGGGCCUGGCCAACCUGCUCUACGCGCCUGUCCUGCUGCUGCUUCGCAACGUGGGCCUCCUAACGCGUUCCUGUACAGAGCGCGACGUGCUGCUCGACGAGCCGCCGCAGGGGCUGUACGAUGCUAUGCGCUUGCGUGAGCGCCCUGUUUCGGCUCCAGAUGGCGCGCCUGGGAGCCCUCCUGGCCCUUUUGAUGAGUGUGAGGACGACUAUAACGGCUACAGCUAG